AUGGAAAAUUAUAAUAACAACAAUGAUAACAAUAACCAUGACUAUAGCCCAUUACUUUCAACACCCUCUAAUUCUCAAGAUUAUGACAAUGUGGUCACUUCUUUAGGAAAUCUUGAUUUGGACAAUGUGGCUUGGGAUGAUCAAGAAAGCUCUUUGAGAAGGUAUGAUCAUGGUGGUCUUGAUAAUGCACAGUACUACUUGUUUUCUCCUCAGCUUCGACACGUAAAUUGGAGCAAUACUCAUCAAGGGCCGCGAGUUCUUGAUCACCAGAGCCAAUGGGCUAGCCAUGGUAACCAAGGAAAUCUGUAUUCACAUGUGCCUUCUGUGCUGAGAAAUUCUUUUGACACAAGAAGAUUUAUAGAUGAUGAGAGAAUGAGAAUCAAUCACUUUUAUGGAUACUCUGGGAUGUACAAUGUAGCUAAUCAACAUCCCGGAAUAUCUAUGCCUUAUGAUGCAGCGCGUGCAUAUGAACCAAGCUACUCGGGUGGCUACACACUGAACCCGAAUGGAUAUUAUGGUCAAGGGCUUACUCAAACAUGGAGCAACGGUCAGAAUGGAUAUUAUGAUCGCGGGUUCACUAGAAAAAGGAGCAAUGUUCUGCAUGGGUACUGUAGGCAAGGGUCUACUGGAACAAGGAGCAAUACUAAUUUGAUCAAAAGUAUGGCAUGUUUGGCCAAUCCGCUGGAGAUUGUAUCAACGGCUAUGACUAGGGAGGGCUCGUUGUGUUUGCAGAAUCUUCUGUUGGAAGGCAAUCAGGAGAUUAAAACUACUAUACUUGAGGGAGUUCUUGAUCACAUACACCAGCUACUAAUGCAUCAAUAUGGACACCACAUGAUUGACAAACUUGUAGAAUCUUGCGGAGAUUUUGAAAUGCAGAAAAUUUUGGAGAAGCUUGCUUCGGAACCUGACUUGCUAGUCAGAGCUGCAUGUUGCAAGGAAGGCUCAAGUUCGAUUCAGAAACUUAUUAAGCACCUCAAGAAAUCCCCACAUAGCUGGCUCUUGACAUCAGCUCUGGCUCCUAAAGUUGUGGACCUUGCAACUAACAAAACAGCCAGACAUGUUUUUCGCGAAUGUCUUAACCUGCUUGGUUCUCAGGCAAACAAGGGACUGUAUGAAGAAGCAAUCAAAAAUUUCGAUCUGUUAGCCAGAGAUGAAGUAGGUUGCCUGGCCUUGAAUGAUUGCAUCGAUUUUGUAACUAACCACUUAGAAAGGAAAAGAAUUCUACAGCUAGUCAUAGAUAAUGCAAUCUCCCUUGCAUAUGAUCCUUAUGGGAACUUUAUUGUGCAGAAUGCAGUUCAGAUUCCAGAAUGUGGCCAUCAAAUCUGCAAAAAACUCAGGGGUCAUUACAUAUAUCUGUCCACGAAGAAAUCUGGGAGUCACGUUGUGGAAAAAUGCAUGGAGGCGUGUAGUUCAGCAGUAAUGCACGCCCUUGAAGAGAUCCUGGAGAAGAAACAGGCGCUUGAACUUGCUCGCAAUGAGUAUGGAAACUACGUGAUCCAAACAGCUUUACGUGCAACAAAGAAGCCGGAUUCUAAUUUUCAUCUUCGUAACUCCCUUCUAAAGGCCCUCCUAGCAGGCGUGGAGAGUCUUCAAGAAACGAAAGCAGGCAAAAAACUGGCUAGCAGGAUACUUGAUGACUGUAUUGGAUGUAAAUGA